AUGGCAGUGCCUGGGUAUUACGAGCUAUAUCGUAGAAGUACUAUAGGAAACAGUUUGGUGGAUGCUCUUGAUACUUUGAUUAGUGAUGGCAGAAUAGAAGCUUCGCUGGCUAUGCGUGUGUUAGAGACGUUUGACAAAGUUGUCGCAGAAACCUUAAAGGAUAAUACCCAAUCCAAACUGACAGUAAAGGGUAACCUUGACACGUAUGGGUUUUGCGAUGAUGUUUGGACCUUCAUUGUGAAGAAUUGUCAGGUUACUGUUGAGGACAGCCAUCAUGAUGCUUCCCAGAACGGGUCUGGGGACAGUCAAAGCGUAAUUUCUGUAGAUAAGUUGAGAAUUGUGGCAUGUAAUUCAAAAAAAAGCGAAUAG